CGUGACGCCAGCAGCGUGCGCCGCCGCUUGGCACCGCCCGCAGGAGUGCGCACGCCUGCGCAGUGUGGGCGAGCGGAGGUGCGGGCGGCGCGGUGGGGCCGGCGAUGGCCGCGGUCGGGCGGCGCUCAGGUUGCAGUUCCAGAAGCUAGGCGUCGGGAGCUUUGCCUUUCGCCAUGGCUCAGUUCGGAGGACAGAAGAACCCUCCAUGGGCCACGCAGUUUACAGCCACAGCCGUGUCCCAGCCAGCUGCUCUUGGUGUGCAGCAGCCGUCGCUGCUUGGAGCCUCUCCUACAAUAUACACCCAGCAGACGGCGCUGGCCGCGGCAGGCCUGACUACGCAAACACCAACCAACUACCAGCUAACUCAGACAGCCGCUCUGCAGCAGCAGGCGGCAGCUGCAGCAGCUGCCUUACAGCAGCAAUAUUCACAGCCUCAGCAGACUCUCUAUAGUGUACAGCAACAGUUGCAGCAACCUCAGCAGACCAUUUUAACUCAGCCAGCUGUUGCGCUGCCUACGAGUCUUAGCCUAUCUACUCCUCAACCAGCAGCCCAGAUAACUGUUUCUUACCCAGCGCCCCGCUCAAGUCAGCAGCAAACACAACCACAAAAGCAGCGUGUCUUCACUGGGGUAGUUACUAAACUACAUGAUACAUUUGGUUUUGUGGAUGAAGAUGUCUUUUUUCAACUUAGUGCUGUUAAAGGAAAGACACCUCAGGUGGGCGAUAGAGUUUUAGUAGAAGCUACUUAUAAUCCUAAUAUGCCGUUCAAAUGGAAUGCACAAAGGAUCCAGACGCUUCCAAAUCAGAACCAGACGCAGGCUCAGCCAUUACUCAAGACUCCUCCGGCAGUUCUUCAGCCCAUUGCGCAGCAGACAGCGUUUGGUGUUCAGGCACAGCCGCAGCCACAGUCGUUGCUGCAGGCACAGAUAUCGGCAGCUUCAAUCACACCUCUGCUUCAGACGCAGCCUCAGCCAUUACUGCAGCAGCCACAGCAGAAAGGUGGUUUGUUACAGCCCCCUGUCCGUCUAGUUUCACAGCCCCAGCCAGCUCGAAGAUUAGACCCACCAUCCAGAUUUUCUGGGAGGAAUGACAGAGGAGGAGAUCCCAUGCCAAACCGAAAAGAUGACAGGAGCCGUGAAAGAGAUCGGGAGAGACGUAGAUCUCGGGAAAGAUCACCCCAGAGAAAACGCUCCAGAGAGAGAUCGCCUCGGCGAGAGAGGGAGAGGUCGCCUCGAAGGCCGCGACGUGUUGUUCCUCGUUACACAGUUCAGUUUUCUAAGUUUUCAUUGGACUGCCGCAGCUGUGAUAUGAUGGAGCUGAGGAGGCGUUACCAGAACUUGUAUAUCCCAAGUGAUUUCUUUGAUGCUCAGUUUACGUGGGUGGAUGCUUUCCCAAUGUCUAGACCAUUUCAACUGGGAAACUACUGUAACUUCUAUGUAAUGCAUAGAGAAGUAGACCCUAUAGACAAAAAUGCUGCUGUCCUUGAUCCACCUGAUGCUGAUCAUCUGUACAGUGCUAAGGUGAUGUUGAUGGCUAGCCCUAGUAUGGAAGAUCUCUAUCACAAGUCAUGUGCUCUGGCUGAAGAUCCCCAAGAACUUCGUGAUGGAUUUCAGCAUCCUGCUAGACUUGUAAAGUUUUUAGUGGGUAUGAAAGGCAAAGAUGAAGCUAUGGCUAUUGGAGGACACUGGUCCCCAUCACUGGAUGGACCUGAUCCAGAAAAGGACCCUUCGGUGCUGAUAAAGACGGCUAUUCGUUGUUGCAAGGCUCUUACAGGGAUUGACUUAAGUGUGUGCACACAAUGGUACCGUUUUGCAGAGAUUCGAUACCAUCGCCCUGAGGAGACGCACAAGGGGCGUACAGUUCCAGCUCAUGUGGAGACAGUGGUUUUAUUUUUCCCGGAUGUUUGGCAUUGCCUUCCCACCCGCUCAGAGUGGGAAACCCUCUCCCGAGGAUACAAGCAGCAGCUGGUCGAGAAGCUUCAGGGUGAACGCAAGGAGGCUGAUGGAGAACAGGAUGAAGAGGAAAAGGACGACGGGGAAGCUAAAGAGAUCUCUACACCUACGCACUGGUCUAAACUGGAUCCAAAAACGAUGAAGGUAAAUGACCUUCGCAAAGAAUUAGAAAGUCGAACUCUUAGCUCUAAAGGACUGAAAUCUCAGUUGAUAGCUCGACUGACAAAGCAACUGAAAGUAGAGGAGCAAAAAGAAGAGCAAAAGGAGCUAGAGAAGUCUGAGAAAGAAGAGGAAGAGGAGGAGGAUAGGAAAUCUGAAGAUGACAAAGAGGAGGAGGAAAGAAAACGUCAAGAAGAAAUGGAACGUCAGCGGCGGGAGAGACGGUACAUCUUGCCUGACGAACCAGCGAUCAUUGUACACCCGAACUGGGCAGCAAAGAGCGGGAAGUUUGACUGUAGCAUAAUGUCACUCAGUGUUCUUCUGGACUAUAGGUUGGAGGAUAAUAAAGAACAUUCCUUUGAGGUUUCAUUGUUUGCAGAACUCUUCAAUGAAAUGCUUCAGAGGGAUUUUGGUGUCAGAAUUUACAAAGCGCUAAUUUCCCUCCCAGAGAGGGAGGACAAAAAAGACAAAAAAAGCAAAAAAGAUGAACGAAAAGAAAAAAAGGAAGAAAAAGAAGAAGAAAAUGAUGAACCAAAACCUAAGAGAAGAAAAUCUGGCGAUGAUAAAGAUAAAAAAGAUGAUAGAGAUGAGAAGAAGAGGGAAGAGAAAAGGAAAGAUGAUUCCAAAGAUGAAGAAGAAACUGAAGAUGACAAUAAUCAAGAAGAAUAUGAUCCAAUGGAGGCAGAAGAUGCUGAAGAUGAAGAUGAAGAAUGCAGACCACUCGCAACUCCAAUUGAAGUCAGUAGGAGAUACCGUGAAGAAGAAGAAAUGAACAAACGAGAGGACAGAAGAGAGGGAAAUAAGCACUGUAAAGAGAGGUCAUCUAAAGAUAAAGAGAAAGACAAGACACAGAUGGUAACUGUUAAUAGGGAUCUUCUGAUGGCUUUCGUUUAUUUUGACCAAAGUCACUGUGGGUAUCUUCUGGAGAAGGACAUGGAGGAGAUACUGUACACUCUCGGACUACACCUGUCUCGUGCUCAGGUCAAGAAGCUACUCAAUAAAGUAGUACUUAGAGAAUCCUGCUUUUACAGAAGACUGACAGAUACUUCUAAAGAUGAGGAAAACCAAGAAGAAUCAGAAGAACUACAAGAAGAUAUGUUAGGAAACAGAUUGCUGUUGCCCUCACCUACAGUAAAGCAAGAAUCAAAAGCUGUAGAAGAAAAUGUUGGCCUUAUUGUAUACAACGGGGCUAUGGUGGAUGUCGGGAGCCUUUUACAGAAGCUGGAGAAGAGUGAAAGAGUGCGGGCAGAGAUAGAACAAAAGCUUCAGCUACUGGAAGAAAAAACAGAUGAGGAUGAAAAGACCAUACUGCAGCUGGAGAAUUCUAACAAAAGUCUGUCUGCGGAGCUCAGAGAUGUCAAAAAGGACCUUAGCCAGCUGCAAGAGAACUUGAAGAUCUCAGAUGAGAAAAAUUUGCAAUUUGAGAGUCAGCUGAAUAAGACAAUCAAAAACUUAGCUACUGUUAUGGAUGAAAUGCAGAGUGUGCUUAAGCAGGAUAUUGUGAAAAGCGAAGAUAAAGAUCAGAAAUCCAAAGAAAAUGGAGCAAACGUAUGAUAAAUCCGCUUCUGUUUAGAAGAAUGGUGUUACAUAAUGUAAUAUAAAUCAUGAUACCAGAAUGUAUGGGAAGUGAUGCAUGUUUGAUUUUAGUAGUAUAAAUAUCUUAGUUCCAAAAAGAUGUAUAAAGUUUUAUGAAAGUGAAUGUCUGCUUCUGGAGAUUGCUUGUAAUUCUUAGCAUUCAAUUUGAGACACUCCUUGAGUGAAAAUAAUUUUGCAUUGCAAAAUGUUUUAGGAUGAGCUUUGUUACAGUUUUAACCCUAAUAAAGUUCAUCACCGUAAUACACAGUAGCAAGUAUUUAAUUACCAAAUGUUUUUCAUAAAAGUCUAGUGAAAUCAAAAUUUUCAUUAUUUAUAGAAUGCCAUGUUUAGGUUUUUAUUUUUAUUUCAGCCUAAUUAGUCUUUUUAAAUUCAAAUAUAAAUCACGAAAUAGCAUGCUGCUUAAUUUUGCAAGUAAAAAUUUUUUUUAAGAGCUUCUUGGAUUUUUUUUUUUACUUGUCACCAUUUUCUUUUCCCUUGCAAAUGUAACUUCCCAAAAGCUGCUUGUAUUCAAGCUUCAUAAUAUACAGUAGUUCAGAGUUAAGUAUGAGUUAAGAAAGCAAUAGAAACCUACCAAAAUACUGGUAGAGUUGUGAGAUUUAUAUGAAAAUAUAUGGGCCUGUUUUAAUGUUUGUCAUUUGUGUUUCUUUAAUUGUUCUUACCUUUGGAUUAAUAUAUAUGCUCCUUUUUAACAACAAAUGUGGUGUAUUAAUGUGUAUGGCUGGAUGCCAGGCCAGUAAGUGUCAGAAUAAUGCCUUACAUGGAGAAAAUGCUACCAUUGUAAGCCAACUCUAAUUAAAUUUGGACUUCUUUCCUAGUAUGUGUAAUUACUUCAAAUACUCUAGUCCAGCAAAAUAAUGGAAACAUAAGUAUCUAUAUCAUGUUAUAGUUACUAAGGAGCAGGACACAGUUUUUGUUGAAAGUGGGUAAGAUUGCCUUUCCUUGAUGUUCAUAAGUAAUCAGAUCUAAACUUAAAAUGUAAAAUGACAUUUGUCAAAGGCAAAACUUACUCAAAUGAUGUGAAACAUGGAAAAUUGUAAUUUGGUGCAACUUCGGGAAAAUUAAGGAUUUUCAAGGUUGGGACAGGAGUGUUUUAUUACAGAUUUUAGAUUUUUUUUUCAGCCUGGAUGGCUUAGGUAUAAUACCUGUUUAGGAGAGUCCAAGUGCCAUAAUAUUUAUGAAUAACAUACGUAAAAGCUCAAGUAAGUUCAAGUGGCUUUUCUGAGAAACACAUUAAAAUGCCUGAAUUUAUGUUCAAAAGAAUCUAAGCUGGUGCUUUUAUCGCUUACCUUUCUUGGCUCUUUUGGAGUCAGACAAGUGAAAUAUCUUUUUUUUAUUAUUAUUAUUAUGAUAAUGUGCGUAAACUUCCCCCUCACUCAUCUCAAUUGAGUCACUGUAUAAACAUUAACUGUUUAAAGUAGGAGUUGAUAUAAAAACACUAAUUCCAUACAAGUACACAGAAAAUGCACGCUUUAUAAAUAAAGAGAUUGCAUCUAAGAGUGGAGAGAGUUGUAAAUUAAUCUUACGAAAAGCAUCAGCUGGUAUACAGAUGUCAUAAAGACAAAUUCUUUUGUACUCAUUUUUCACCUUUUCCUUUGUACAGACUGACAGCAUCUAUUAUUAACAUUGAGCACCAUUUAAAAUAGCAAGGAAAGGAUCAAGUUGGAAAUACUUUUUUUAUGAGUUUUCAGCAGUACAUGUGAAUGUGCAAGAGACUGAUUUUAGAAGACAAGUUAACUUUUAGGUGCACUGUGAAAUUUGUUGGAAUCUCUUGCUUUUUUUUUUUGUUUGUUUCUACCUUAUAUGGCUGAUAUAAAAGCAGUUGUCACCUCAAACAGGCCUCAUUUUGUGAGAUAACUGCUAGUGACACAGAUUUUUUUACAGUAUUUAAAAAAUAGCGCUUGAAGGAGUGUAAUCUUGUUCUAUAUUGCUCUGAUGUAACAGUGUUUCAAUACAAUGUGCAGUCUGCGUUUAUGUUGGAAGAAAAAUGAAAGGUUAAAGAAUAAAGGGAAAAAAAAAGCCUA